GGUUUUGUCUCGGAUAUAGUCAUGAUUACUGAUUACUGUGCCCGCUAGUGGGAGGUUUAUAAACGCUAGCACAUGUCGACAUGUUUACUGAUGGAACCGGUUCACCCUACCAAUGGGGUUAAACAUUGGUAAUUACUGUCGCCUGUCAGUGGGAGGUGUAAACACUGGCACCAUUACUGACGCCUGCCAGUGGGAGUUGUUAAACGCUGGCACUUCUGUAACCUUGCCUAUGGGGUUAAACAUUGGCAACUACUGUGCCCGCCAGUGGGAGGUUUAUAAACGCUGGCCAUGACUUAUAGAUGAGACUACUGAAUUGAGUUUUAUUCUGUAUGAACGGUUUGUCACGAAGGCUUUGAUAUUGAAAUGAAUCUGAUUCUGUUUUAAUGGUUUGUCAUGAAACGUUUUGUUAUUAAAUUGAAUUUGAUUUUGCAUUGACGGUUUGUCAUUGAAUGUUUUGCAACUGAACCGAUUUGAUUCUGCAUUAAAGGUUUACCAUUGAACGUUCUGUUAUAUGAAACUGUUUAUCUGGCAUGCUAAAAGUUUUACCCAAGGGCUAUCCAUAUUUAUUUACUGAGUUAUCUCAUAGUUUCCCUUGUCCACCAUUUCAAGAAACGAAACUGAGGACGGGGAAACCAAGGGGAGUGACGAGUUAGAAGGCUAGCCAUUUCGAGAUUGAUAUAGAUUUAGAAAUAAAUCAUGCUCUUGCAAGCUAGAGUGUAUGUGGAGAUUUUAUGAUAUCAGAGCAGAUUGUAAAAUUUUAUCUUGAGAUUUUGUGGUAUCAGGUUGUGAUUUGAAUUAGUUCCGAGCCUUGUGCACUUGCGGGAUCCGUCUCAUG